UUAAUUUGAAUGAAUUUCUUCGUCCCCAACGUUUUUUCGUAUAAUUCUAAAUUAAGGAAAAUUGAGACAAUUGCCAAAGGGAAAUUUAUAAUUCUGGAGUGAAGUAGUACAACGACAAUUGAUAAGUUGACUGAAACACAUGUCUUCCACCGAAGGGGCACUCGCUCUUUUUGAAAUUUAAUUCGUACCUUGAGACUCAUGCGCCACAUGACAGAACGCAACAGUUGAGUGAAUCUGUAAAAGUUCUUCCGGGCGAUGAAAAAUCCCUUGCCGUGACAAUGUCGGAGGAAUUCAAAUGUGAUUUAGAAAGGCUCUUCGAUAUAUCCACAAACGAUAGUGACUUGUUAACAGUGCAAACGACUGUGGAUACAGGUUUUGAAUGGCAAGCGGUGGACGAAUGCAAAGAGAAGAUAUCCCCACAUCUACGAGUGGUAAAGGAUAGAGGAAAGAUAUUUUUCAAUGUGAAUUCCAAAGAUUUUUCUAAAGUCCGAAAAUUAAGAUCAGUCGAUAAUAUUUAUGUUGUCGCCAGCAUUCAAUACUUGACUUACAACACCGAAAAUGCAGAUACCAAUCUGACAUUAUUCAAAGAAUCUGUGAAGACAUGUUCACAAUUGAAGAAGUGUUUGAAUGCUUGGAAGGAAAUCACACGAUUCCCCGGUAAAUUAUAUCCCACGUUAGAGGAUUACCAAAAUGUUGUUGAGAUUUAUAAAGCGAAAAAAGAACAGAAUAAAAAUGACGACAAAGUUCCUGGUAGCAAGAAAAGAGGCUGCGAUCCGAAGUUGGGCGAGGAAAAUGAUGUAUUAUCAUUCAGGGUUUCAUGUGAGAGAACAGGGACUCAUAAUUUCGAGUCGAGUCAAGUUGCUUGUGCUGUUGGAGGUCAAAUGCAAGAUCUUUACCACUGGAUCGUGGAUCUAACGAGUUACCAGCUCGAAGUUCUGUAUAAAAUUACUCAUGGGCAAGUGAUAAUGGGGCUAAGAGUCACACCAGAGUCUCUCCAUCGAAGGAAUAUCAAAUACUUUGGGCCGACAACACUUAGGGCUACUAUAGCGUAUAAUUUAUUGAGCUUAGCCGACCCGAAACCAGGGGAUAUAAUUGUUGACCCCAUGUGCGGUGGAGGAUCUAUUCCCAUUGAGGGAGCUCUAGAAUUACGUCACUCUUUUAUAAUCGGUGGCGAUAAUCACGAAAAAGCAGUUGCGAGGUCUAGACUGAACUUCGAAGCCCUGGAAGGAUCCUUCAAAUCUGAUUUAAUCAGGUGGGAUGUUAUGCAACUGCCAUUCAAGAACUCCUAUGUCGAUGCUUUUGUCACAGACAUGCCAUUUGGCAAGAGAAUGGGAUCGAUGUUCGACAAUAGGGUUCUCUACAAGAAAUAUCUUCUCGAAUUAGCUCGAACGGUCAGAGUGCAACAUGGCAGGUUAGUUCUACUCACUUAUGAUCGUCGAAGUAUGGUUGGAGCUCUGCAGGUGGCAAAGAACCUGCUCAAAGUGAAGAAAAUGCUUGGAGUCAGCAUGGGUGGACUCAACGCUGCUGUUUACCUUUUAAAACGAACUAAACUGACGUACGAACAGUUCCAACUAUCUGCCAACAAUGUUACCAAGUCUUCUUGACAAUGGGGAUGUGCCAGAAGCAACAGUUGAAUAAAAAUUUCCUCCUGCUGGUUUCCAUCGCAUGACGUUUGCCCUGAAUUAUCCAUUCGUAUUCUCCAUAUUUGCUGUCAAAUGUUCCAUGCUGGAGGGAUCUAAGGCGCAAUGUAAAUCGAGGUCCCAAUUCUCUCAAACGGGG